AUGGCCCAAUUCGACUGGCUUGUUCAACCAGAAACAGCGAGACGUAAUUUUGUCAAACUGGUUUACAGCUAUCUCGCAUGGAUCGCUCUGCAUCAGCUUCUUGACGCGCAUCACAUUUUCCAAAUGUUGGGUAUUUCCAUCAUUUUAUGGCGCCAUCCAAUGAUAGUUAAGGUUCGAGCCCAUUUUGCUGGUUUGAUGUUUCGAGAUGUGGUGGAUGCACUGUUCAUUGGACCCGUUGCUGAGUCAACGGUUUCCAGCCAAUAUCCUUUGAUGCAAAGGGCACUUGCUUAUCAGCAAUCCAUCCAGAGCAACGGCCAUUCAGAUCGAUCGAUCAACGACCAGGACUUUGAAUUUGUUGUGUAUGAAAAUCAGCGACGUCAACCGUUUGGCAAAUGGACGACGGGCACUCUUCCAUUCGAACGAUCCGCAUGGUCAGACGAGGCGAAACAACCAGUACCACCAUGCUCCAAGUUUGUCCUACCUCCACCCUCAGUGAUGGUUGUUGAAAGUUCUAGCCAUCCCCAACGCCGGUGGCAGAAGACGUGGACCUGGGUCUGGACCGACGAUGAUUGGAGCACCGACGGUUGGGAGUAUGGGACCUUGCUGUGGACAUCGUUUAGCUCACAUUCGCAAAAGGGCUUUUGGCCUACGCGACGUCGACAAUGGAAACGCCGAGCCAGUAUUGAACGGCAUGUCAAAACAGUGGAUGCUCCUGUCAGUGUGUCAAUCAAAGGACAUGUCCCCACUGAAAGGACUACCCUCGACUCGUUUCAGGUACUGAUCCAGGAAGCCAUCGACAGCUUCAAUGCUGAGGCAAAUGGCAAGACUCUCGAACUGUCCUAA